AUGCCGAGCCCUGCUCAGCUCAUCGAAAUGGAUGCAAUGAGGACGAACAUGCGCCAUUUUGGAUUGUCUGGCGCAGCAGCGGAGGAGUUGAAGAAGAAUGUCCAGGAGCUCUUGCUCACAUGGCAGACCCAAGAGUCCGAAAGGGAGUACACCCAAGGACUGAAUGAGCUGAUGGCCUUGUGUUUGCAGAAGCGGACCAAAGAGGAGGCUUUCGCUCGUUUCAAGGAGCUCGUGAGCAAGUUGCAUCCUGGUUUUGUGAGAACAAAUGGCUCCAUGGCCGAGCCUGUGGACAUGGCUGUUUGUGCCGUGUUCGAGAUGUUGAUGAAGAAGAGUAAGGUCCUGACCGACCACCUGCACAGGGUGGACAUGCAUUUCUAUCUGACAGGAUUCAUGCCUGGCUGGUUCUUGUCGAUGUUCGCCUCGGAGUUUGCUUUGCCGGCAAGCGAGCAUCUCUGCAAUCGCCUUCUUGAAGGCGAUGCCAUCGAUCGCCUGGUGCCGCAACUGGUCGCAGCUGCCAUCCUCCGUUCAGCGACGGAGAUCGUGAAGCUCGAGGACGCCGAUGACUUGAUUCGCGUCCUGAAAGCGAAGCUCUCAGAGGUCAGGACCAGCCUGGAUCUGGAGGCGCUCGUGAACGAGAUCGAGGAGACGGAGCCCACGGAGCCGAAGCUCCAGAUUCCAGAAGUGGAAGAGCUGGGAAGCCUCGGCCUCAACGUGAAGAGUCUGGUGGGGCCCGGGUCCCCCGGGUCCCCCGCCGGGUCCGCCGGGAAGUCCGGGAAGGCAAAGACAAAGCACACAAAACGGCCCGGCUCGGGCCGAAGCCUCUGGUGCCUGACGGUCUUCUUCGUCCAGUCGACGUUUGUAUCGUUCGCUCGCCGGGGAGUGGGACUCCAGGGAUCCCCCAAGUUGCCUUCGGCCUUGCCUUUGCCCACCAAAGGUUUCACCCCGACAUCGCCACGAGCUGCGUUGCUGCGGGUGCACGAAAUCGCGGACAAUCCCAAGAAAGUGCGCAUGCUUCGCCCUGCCAAGCAGCCAGACAAGUAG